AUGCACGCACGUUUAGUCAUGUUCAAUACUGUUUUAACUUGUCGUGAAACUAAUGGUGAUAGUCCCAGAUCACGAAACGGUGAUAUUCACAUAAAACGUUCAGAUGCAGAUCGUAAACGAGGACAAAUUGAGGCUAUUGGAUCUAAAGUUAGACUACAAGUGACACCAGAAUCAAGAUAUUGGGUGAAAUACAUGAAACAUGACAAAAAUAGUAUAAUAAUCAGUCCUAAAAGGACUGAAGGCAAGGGUACCAAGUCGGAACCAAAGUUAAAUUCAGUCAAGGACAGAAGACAGCCACAACAACGAACAACAAUUAUCGUUAAAGUGGCUGAAGGAACAUCAUUCGCGAACGUACUGAAGAAGGUUCGUGAAGAGGCUGACCUGGAGGCCAGUGCAGAUGGCGGACCGGCAAACUACGUUGGAAAUCCGCGAUAUGGAUGCCCUUACAGAAAAAGAAGACUUACUGGGAGCCCUGGAGAAGGUUUCUACGGUACCAGCAGGAAGGUGACAGUCCUUGGACCAAACAAGCGAGGAGCAAAGCUCGCUGUCGUGGUCACCAGCCAGGAAGACGCUGAUAAGCUGGAGAAAAUUGGGCACAUAAAGAUUGAGUUCGUCUCCUGCAAGAUAAGAAGAAGAACAAUGGUCACAAGGUGUCAUAGGUGCCUUGACUAUGGCCAUAUAGGUAGAAAUUGCCAAACAGUAGAUAGGUCGGCUGCGUGCUUCAAGUGCGGAGAAGCCGGCCAUAAGGCAGUAGAUUGUAAGAAGAGCCCAUGCUGCUUCUUAUGCCAGGCGAAGUUCGGCGAAAAGGAGAACAUCCAACAUGUCACCGGAUCAGGAGGAUGCAGAGUCUUCAGAACUGCACUAGAGGAAGCAAAGAAGACUUUGUCAAGGACAAGAAGGAAGUAA